AUGGAAAGUAGGUUUAGCUCUUCACCUACGAGACUCGAUGGAAAGUCUUCUUUUUCCGUAGUACAAUUCAUUUUCAUCUUUUCUGAUCAUGAGAGCAUCAAUCUUGAUAACGUGUACUUUUCCAGACUGACUGUGAACUCCUCAACUUCAACACUGAAAACGGACAAUUUUCACGUUCUUAUAACAAAUACAACAUUAAAAAUAGACUGUUACAUAGGGGAGCUCAUAAAACUUCUAGAUACAUCAGUCUAUUUUGUCACCAAGAAGCACAAAACAUGGUAA